AUGGGAAGCCAUGCAGUGUCUGAGAUCCUGGUGAGAGAGCUCAACAGUUUUCCUCCUCAGGCCAACCUCAGCGCAGAGGAGCGCUUCCUCCUGCUGGGUUUCUCCGACUGGCCCUCCCUGCAGCCCGUCCUCUUCGUCCUUGUCCUCCUCUGCUACCUCCUGACUCUGACCGGCAACUCGGCGCUGGUGCUGCUGGCUAUGCGCGACCCGCGCUUGCACACGCCCAUGUACUACUUCCUGUGCCACCUGGCCCUGGUGGACGCGGGCUUCACCACGAGCGUGGUGCCGACGCUGCUGGCCAACCUGCGCGCCCCCGCGCUCUGGCUGCCGCGCGGCGGCUGCAUGGCCCAGCUGUGCGCCUCGCUGGCGCUGGGCUCCGCCGAAUGCGUCCUCCUGGCUGUGAUGGCGCUGGACCGCGCGGUCGCCGUGUGCCGCCCGCUGCGCUACGCCGGGCUGGCCUCGCCGCGUCUCUGCAGCUUGCUGGCCGGCGCCUCUUGGCUGGGCGGCCUCUCCAACUCCGCCGCGCAAACGGCGCUCCUGGCUGCGCGACCGCUUUGCGCGCCGCGCCUGCUGGACCACUUCAUCUGCGAGCUGCCGGUGCUGCUCAAGCUGGCCUGCGGCGGCGGCAGAGAAACCAUCGAGCGCCAGAUGUUCGCCGCCCGCGUGGUCAUCCUGCUGCUGCCGUCCACCGUCAUCCUGGCCUCCUAUGGGGCCGUGGGCCGCGCUGUUUGGGGCAUGCGGUCCAGAGCAGGUCGGAGGAAGGCGGUGGGCACGUGCGGGUCCCAUCUGACUGCCGUCUGCCUCUUCUACGGUUCGGCCAUCUACACCUACCUGCAGCCCACACACAGCUACAACCAGGGGCGGGGCAAGUUCGUCUCGCUCUUUUACACGGUGGUCACGCCGGCCCUCAACCCGCUCAUCUACACGCUCCGGAAUAAGGAGGUGAAGGGCGCAGCGAGGAGGCUCCUGGGGAGUCUGCGGAGAGGGCACCCGGGACAGUGA